AAAGAAGUCAAUGAAAUUGAAGUAACUAUUAAAAAUAAAAGUAAAAAACUUACUUUCGAUGCGGUUCCAUGGGACCCCGACAAUGAUAUCGUGUUGGAGGACCGUUUUAUUGAAAGAUUACUCAGCAACAAAGACCAAACGAGCGUUCGAAACAUAGAAGAUAUAACAAUCCGCGAGGCACCGUUGAAAAGAAAAUACUCUAUCUUCGAGGAUGAUGAUUUUGGCCAACCGGGUGAAGCCGAAAUCGACAAUAUGUUUUUUCUGGAUUUCGAGCAGAAGAGAAUGUCGGACGAAUGGGUUUCGAACGAUCUCACGUUGCAUGAUUCUGCAAUUCCCGAACCGUAUGCGAGCACAAAUGAGAACAGCUGCAAUAUCCUGCCUCCCAUUCCCGAGGAAAACUUUCACAUGUGCGAGGAAAUAGAAUUAGAGCAGCUAAGUGUUCCAAAUGAAAGUGCAAAUCUAGCGGAAGCCGAACACGAGAACAUCAUUGUAGCGAAACCACCAAUUCCUGGGCUAUCCAACAAUCCGAUCUGUGAGGAAAACGAAUUGGGGCAACAAAGUGUUUGUAAUCCCAUCUGUGAGGAAAUCGAAUUGGUGCAACAAAGUGUUUGUAAUGAGAGUGCCAAUCUUACGAAAGCCGAGCACGACAGCGUUGUUGUAUCUGCCAGGAAAACCGUGUCUUAUCGUUCUACAAAGCUAAGCGUCACGUGUAUGGAACAGUCAUUCGAAAAUUAUUGGAAAUAUCAACGCAAACGUCCAAGAGACGAAUUACAACAAUUCAUUACCACCUACAACGCCGAGCAAUUGCAUUGCAAGCCAUUACGCUACUGUAUUAAAAGCGUUUUGUUUGCACGGUUUCCUAAAAUCAAACGACCCCAAAUCAAAGAAAAUCAUGAACUGUUACUCAAAGAGUUUGGAAUGCAAUCCAAACGAUCCCGUAAGCAACAGGAAAGCGAACCAGCUGUCGAACCUACCACGGACAACAUAGUGCAAGAACCAACAACGUUGGUUAACGAUGUUCCAUGCAACAGGCCCACAAACGAGAUAGCACAUGUUGAUCCUGUACCCGACCAUGCUGCUCAAGAAACCACCUUCUUUUCCGAAAAUAAUGUACAGGAUAAGCAAAGCUACGUUUCCGAAGAGGAAGUUCUCGGCCUUCUGCAACACCUUUGGACCGAGGUGCCCAAUGAAGUGCCGGUUCAAAUGAUUGACGUUCAUAUAAAAAACCGAAGAAUGGCGGCGUCUGUUUUUAUGCAUCAGCUGGAUUUCUGUGCCAAGCAAAUAAUAGGAGUGGUAAAAGAUGAUAAUGGAGCACCAAAAAGUUUUAUUAAGGGGCCGAACUGGAGUUUUGAAUAAAUAAGCCUGAUUUUUCCUAAA